CGUGCGGCUGCUGCUGCUGCUGCUGCUGGGGCUUCCCUGGCUCUUCUGGCUGGGCUUCUCUUUGUAGGGGCUGCAGCCGGGAGGGCUCAUGGCCUGCCUGAUGGCCGCUUUCUCCGGGGGCGCUGCUCUGAAUGCCAACAAUUCUGCACCUGCUAUGCCUGAGCCAAAGUCAGUAGGUUGUGUUUCUGUGGAUGAAGUGGUCUCUACUGGCACAGACACACAGGAGGUCCAUUUGCUCAGUGGCCAUUUGAAAAAGGUGGACAAUGCUUUGACAGAAGCCCAUCGCUUCUUCUCUCUUCCCCGAAGACCAGCUGUGAACAUUGAGUUUAAAGAUCUCUCCUACUUCCAGGAAGGACCAUGGUGGAAAGGAAGGGGUUUCAAGACUCUGUUUGAAGGGAUUUCAGGAAAGUUCAGCAGUGGAGAACUUGUGGCAAUCAUGGGUCCUUCUGGAGCUGGAAAUCAACACUCAUGAAAUCUUCUGGCAGGAUACAGAGAGACAGGGAUGAAAGGAGAGAUUAUGAUAAAUGGACAACCUCGUGAUCUGCGUUCUUUCCGCAAAGUCUCCUGCUAUAUAAUGCAAGAUGACAUGCUACUUCCACAUCUUACUGUCCAAGAAGCCAUGAUGGUAUCAGCUCAUCUGAAACUUCAAGAAAAAGAUGAAGGCAGGAGGGAAAUGGUAAAGGAGAUUUUGACAGCUCUGGGUUUGAUGCCAUGUGCCAAUACAAGAACUGGAAGUCUUUCAGGAGGCCAGAGAAAGCGUCUUGCUAUUGCUUUGGAAUUGGUGAACAAUCCACCUGUUAUGUUUUUUGAUGAACCCACCAGUGGCCUGGACAGUGCAUCUUGCUUUCAAGUUGUCUCUCUGAUGAAAGCUUUAGCACAGGGUGGUCGCUCUAUCAUCUGCACCAUUCACCAGCCCAGUGCCAAACUCUUUGAGCUCUUUGACCAGCUCUAUGUUUUGAGCCAAGGGCAGUGCAUUUACCGUGGGAAGGUGUUAAAUCUCGUCCCCUACUUGAGAGAUUUGAGUUUAAAUUGUCCAACAUACCACAAUCCAGCAGAUUUUGUGAUGGAGGUAGCCUCUGGGGAGUACGGGGACCAAAACAGUCGACUUGUAAGAGCUGUCCAAGAGGGAAAGUGUGAUGCAGAUUACAAGAGAGACUCUGGGGGAGAAAGUGAACUUAACCCCUUCCUAUGGCACAGACCAUCUGAGGAGGAUUCUUCAUCCACAGAAGGGUCAAGCUUCUCAGCGAGCUGCCUUACACAGUUUUGCAUUCUGUUUAAAAGAACAUUCUCACCAUAUGAGGGAUUCCAGGUCCUAACACAUCUACGGAUUACAUCACACAUUGGAAUGGGACUUCUCAUAGGACUACUGUAUCUAGGAAUUGGAAUGAAGCAAAGAAGGUCUCAGCAUUCGGGCUUCCUCUUUUUCCCCAUGCUGUUUCUUAGUUUUGCUGCUCUCAUGCCAACAGUCCUUACAUGGGAGUAUGAUGUUCCUCUCGAGAUGGGUGUAUUUCUUAGAGAGCAUCUGAAUUACUGGUACAGUCUGAAGGCUUACUACUUGGCUAAAACCAUGGCUGAUGUCCCUUUUCAGGUUAUGUUUCCUGUAGCUUAUUGCAGUAUUGUAUAUUGGAUGACAGCACAGCCCUCCGAUGCAUUACGCUUUGUCCUGUUUGCAGCACUGGGGACCAUGACUUCACUUGUAGCUCAGUCGUUGGGACUUCUGAUUGGGGCAGCAUCAACCUCUCUCCAGGUGGCAACAUUUGUAGGUCCUGUCACAGCCAUCCCAGUUCUGCUCUUCUCAGGAUUCUUUGUGAGCUUUGAUACCAUUCCAGCAUACCUCCAGUGGAUGUCCUACAUCUCUUAUGUCAGGUAUGGAUUUGAAGGUGUCAUUCUUUCCAUCUAUGGUUUGGAUCGAGAGGAUCUUCAUUGUGACAAAGAUGAUACUUGCCAUUUCCAAAAAUCAAAAGCUAUUCUUAAAGAACUGGAUGUAGAAAAUGCUAAACUUUAUUUGGAUUUUAUUGUGCUUGGAAUUUUCUUCAUCUCCUUACGCCUCAUUGCCUACUUUGUUCUCAGAUACAAAAUUCGAGCAGAGAGGUAGAGAUAAAGCUAAUGCAACAACAUGCAGUUGUGGACUGUUUUUAUUUGUCUGAUUGUGACAGACAAAUCUUCUGUGCCCACGUGCAAAUGAUAUUGUGAUCUAGUCUCUAGAAAACCAUGUCAUACUGGACUAGCAGAUGCAUAGGCACAGUUCUGGUUGGGUUAGGUCAUAUCUGAGUUAUACUUUCUAGCUUUAUAUGAGAAGAAAAUGAAGAUGGGAAUGUUGUUUCACAUCUAAAAAAUACUGGUACCAAUUACAGAAACUUUCUCUUAUGGAAAUUGAUUCUUGUAAGCUUGCUGUCGUAAAAACAGCUAGAGAAUUUUUGUCUAUGUUUCAUUGACUAAGACCUGGAAAUGUGGUGGAAUGCAGGAUCAUCUCUUCCUAGAUCAUCAAGACUUCAUCUUUGCAAAUUUCCUACAUUUUUGCAAGUCUUUUUCCCCACAAGAAACACCCUGUGGAAGAAGAAGUCUUCAAGUUAUCCAUGUUGUCUCUCUGAAGUGAAUAGAUACAUGGGGUGGAGUUGGAGGUUGGGAAAUGGCUAGAAGUAAUUUGAUACUUGUUGAUUUCCUUUAUAUACAGAACUCUGGUGCUUUAUACUCAUGAGCUGGUCUCACAUCCCCAAAUUGUAAUCUUAGAAUAAAAUGUCAAAUUCCUAAGUACAGUAGAUGCUCUAAAAGAAUUUUAAAGAGUAAGAGAUGUAUCUGUAAACUGGUCAUAAUUAGAAUUCUGCCUUUAUGAUACCCUUUCAAUUCAGUUAUUAUCCAUAUUAACUACCUCCCAUGAAUGCAGAAGCUAAGAACUUCAGUGCUGGUUGUCAGACACAGCCAAAACAAAAUAGAAUCGGAUCUUAAAGCCUGUUUGAAUGUUUUAAAAUAACACAGAGUCUGAUAGGGCUGUCCAUGAGUUGAUGUUAUUGAAUGCAUAUAUACUUCUAAAAAGUCUCAGUGGUGAAUAUGCAGUUCUUCCAGUCUUGGCAAAAUUGGUGUGGACUGUAAAUACCAAAGCAUGUCACUUCUGUUUUUUAUCAGUCUGCCUGACAGACAUUUCUCAAAACACUGUUUGGUGCACUGAUAUCACAAGCCUGUGAAUAACUAACUGGCCCAUUCAAAUGAAGGUAAUAUAUCUUCUGCCUUUCUCUGUGGCAGAUUGUAACCAAUUGUUCCAAAUAAUUAACCAUUUUUGUAAACCAGUUAACAUCUUAUUUGUCCUCCAAAUUAAGCUACACUUGUAAAAUUGAUCCUAAAGGACUGUAAUGUUACUGUGUCCUCAUUUCAGCAAAUCCAAAGAUCUUCCAUAUUAAUUUGUGUUGUCAUUGUGGCUUGCUACAACAGUCUAACUAAAAUCUUUGUCUUGAAAGCUAACAUUGUAAAAAGAAGUACAGCAUUCAAGGCCUGGAUGUUUAGCUCAAUCCAGUAUUUUCAGGUUGGGACAGUAUGUUAAGUUCACUUCCAAUUCAUGUAAGCUUUCUUUCUGAUUACCAGAAGCUUUGUUACAGCUGCACAUUUAUUAUUAAAUGUUUAGGUGGGGGAGGGGGAAAUUGGACCAUAGUGUGGUAGAUGCUGAGAUACUCUUUUUGUGUGUGCAAUCUAGCAAGAGACAUCAUUAAAGAGUCUAUUUUUAGCA